UCUGUUCCAGCGGCGAAUGAGAAAACGAGGUGACCUAGCUCCGCCCACCUCGGCUUCUGAGUUGGGAGUCUCCUAUUGCGCAUGCGCUCUCUGGUGGUCUUUUCUGCUUUGAGCGAGGAAGCAGGAAAUCCGGGACAGACGGGCAGCCAUGGAGGUUAGCCACUCGGUGAAAGAGCGCACCAUUUCGGAGAACAGCCUGGUAUUGUUGCUGCAGGGCCUGACCGGCCGCGUGACGCAGGUGGAGCUGCGGGACGAGAGCCUGGCAGUGGGGCGCGUGACCAACGUGGACGCCUUCAUGAACAUCCGCCUGGGCCCCACAACCUUCACCGACCGGACCGGGCGCACCUCCCAGCUGGAGGACCUCUUUGUGGCCGGGAGGAGCGUGCGCUAUGUCCACAUCCCGGACGAGGUGGACAUCCGGGCUGCCAUCGAGGGGCAGCUCCAGCUCCUGCGCCGCGUCCGGAGCUUCGGAGGAAAGGACAAGGGCAGGAAGGAGUUUCUUCACCAAAAGAACAAGUGAAAAGGGGACGGCAGGCCCAGGAUGCGUAACCAAAUCUUAUCGCCAAGAUAUGGAAUGGCCUCUAAGCAAGCCUUCGGAUUCUUCCACUGAGAACAACUUUUUAAACUGCUUCUUGAAAAACAAUAAAGUGGUGUGGAAAGCCAGAAACAGCAAACUGAAUAAUUUUUCUGUUCUUUAUUUUUCCUUCUUUCCUUGGAUCUAUUUUUCUAAUUGAGACUUCCUCCAGUGCAACAAAUGAAAGGGCAUGCAACCAUGGGCAACUUCUGUUUAGCCAAAUAUUUCUUUCUCUUGCAGGUACAAGCCCUCUUUUUGGAUCAGGAUUUGAAAUGGCCUCCUUCAUAUAUAUUUUUCUCACUUGGAUCUACUUUUCUAAUUCAAACUUUUUUUUUGAAAAUGGUAAAAGACAGGAACAACUAACUGAAUUGCCUUUAUAUUUUCUUUCUCUUUCCUUCCUUCGGGAACAACAAAUUGAGUUACCGUUUUUGUUUUCUUUCUCUUUCUUUCCUUCCCUUUCAUUGCCUUCCUUUCUUCCUAAAAAUAAAUUAACUCUUCUUUUGCAAAACCAAUUAGGGUACUUUUAUAUCAGCAGGUGGAAAAGCAGGGUUUUGGAGGGUUUAAAAAAAAUCUGUAAUCCUUCUAAUUUGAUGAAUGUGACCUCCAAAUGAAUACACUCUCGAUUCUCAAAUAAACUUUUACAUCUUUAA